GUGUUAGUCAAGCGUAGCUCUAUCUCCGAAGAGGCCCAGCCUUGUAGCACGGGAUCGGAGAAGGCGCCAGUGGGCGUUUUAGUGACAGACCGGAAACUACAUUUCCCAGUAUCCUUACGGUUAGAGAACUUCAUUGCCCGAAAGCCUUUGCGAGAGUCGGCACGCUUUCCGCUUCCUCUUGCUGCCCGGGAGCUCCGAGAAUUAUGAGGAGCCGCUGGGUCUGGCGGCUCUUGCGCCCUGACGGCAGCGGGGUCCGCUGGACUUCGACCCCCCACGGGCGUCUGUCGCCCGCUCUGCGGAGAGGUUUCUUGACCACGACAACCAAGUUGAGCUAUGAUAGUAGGCCAGUGGACAUAACUCCUUUAGACCAAAGAAAAUUAACUUUUGAUACCCAUGAAUUGGUGCAGGACUUGGAAACUCAUGGAUUUGACAAAACACAAGCACAGACAAUUGUAUCAGUACUAAGUACAUUAUCAAAUGUCAGCCUGGAUACUAUCUAUAAGGAGAUGGUGACUAAAGCUCAGCAGGAAAUAACAGUCCAACAGCUAAUGGCCCAUUUGGAUUCCAUCAGAAAAGACAUGGUCAUCCUAGAGAAAAGUGAAUUUGCAAAUCUGAGAGCAGAGAAUGAGAAAAUGAAAAUUGAACUAGAUCAAGUUAAGCAGCAGCUGGCUCAUGAAACCAGUCGAAUCAGAGCAGAUAAUAAAUUGGAUAUCAACCUGGAAAGGAGCAGAGUAACAGACAUGUUCACAGAUCAAGAAAAACAACUCAUGGAAGCAACCAAUGAAUUUACCAAAAAGGAUACACAAACCAGAAGUAGUAUUUCAGAGACCAGUAAUAAAAUUGACACGGAAAUUGCUUCCUUAAAAACAUUGAUGGAGUCGAGCAAGCUUGAGACGGUUCGUUAUCUUGCAGCCUCGGUGUUUACUUGCUUGGCAAUUGCGUUGGGGUUUUAUAGGUUCUGGAAGGAGAACUGACUUUGUUGCUGCUGAUCACUGUAUAAAUUAUACUUACUACAAAUUCUUCAAAAAUACGUAUGGACUAAAUAGAAGUGUUUUGGUAUUUUAUUUUUAUGUUGUAUGUCUUUAUUAUGUUGAAAAGCUGUCACUCAAAGCCUCAUUUGAAAUAGAAGAGUAUUUUGUCCUUACCUUUUUGAUAGCUGUAGCAACAAAAACAGUUUUGCAUUUGAGCUUUGUAAAUGAAGUAGGAUUUGUUAUCAGGCUGCAUACUUGAAAACAAUUCCGUAAUCUAUGUACUUACUGGAUUUCACUUUCUUGGUUAUUAUUGCAGUUAGAUUUUUAUAUUAAAUAAAAUAGUAUUAACAAAAUUGGUUGAAUUUUCAAAAUGACUUCCUGUAUAAGUGGAGAUUUUUUUUUUAAUAGAUCUUGCCUCCGGUUUAUUUAUAAAAACAGCAUAGGACACUGGUCAUCUGUAGAGUGUAUAGGUAGGUGUGUCACACCAGUCCAUCUGUCUGGCCAGAAGCCUUCACAGGAUCCUGGGCACCUUUGGGAGCCUGAGUCUGACCUUGGGCCUCAGAUGGAGCUGUAGCCUCUGCCUUGGCCAGAAACCUUUGAAUCCACUUCCCAAGCUUUGGUUAAGCAAUGAAAGCCAGACAGCUGAGUUUGUGUCGGGGCUAUCUGGCAUCUUAGGUUUUCCGGCCAUAGGCUUUGAUGUCCUCUGCUCCAACACUCAUUGCCUUGGUGUUGUUUGCCUGCAUCUUCUUCAGGCCUUUCUUGUGCUUCUUGGCAAAGCGCAUGUUCCUCAGGAACUUGAGGUCAACCACCGUAAGAGAUUUGUGUCUUUGUGACCAGGGUUUCUUGAUGCCAUUUCUGAGCCAUUUGCGGGACUGGUUGAAGGUGGUGUGGUUCUUGGACUUGGCCAUGUCUGCACAGUAACCUGCGGCUGCCACAGCAUCUGGGACCGGAAGAGCGGAGGGUUUUUCUUGUUGUUGUUUUCUUUUGUUUAUAGUGAAUAAAUUUUAAAAUAAUAUGUAUCCCAUUGCAAAUAUUUGUACUUAAUAUGAAAUCUGUAGAGGUAUUCGGAUUAUUACCUGUAUCUUUUAAAUUUUUCAUAUAUAUAGCAAUUUGAGGGGUGGGUCUUUAUGGUUUGUUUUUUUUCUUUGUUUGUUUGUUUGUUUUUGCUACUCUCAGGGAUUGAACCUAAGACUUACUGAGUGUUGACUGAUUAAGUCUUCUACCAACCACCCAAUGUUCCCCAGCACUUACCCUCACCUCUUAAACUACUUCACAUUUAACCCAUCUUAGAUUUAUUAUAUGAAACGGAAUUUCUCAAUAAUUCAUUUAAAUUUAGCAAA